AUGGAUAAUGUAGUAGUGACAGUAGUCAAGGAUGUCGGGAAAAGUUGUUUAUCAACUAGUGUAGUGGUUGAUGAUUGUGCUGAGAUGAUAGAUGAGAAUGACUAUCUAGGUGAUGCUUUUAAGGAUGGACCUCAGAAGAAUGAUUCAAUUUACGUUAAUGCUGUUUGUGCAAAUCGUGAUGUUGACCACUGUGGCUGGGAAGUACUUGGAUCUGUUGCUUCUAUUAAUCAGUGCUUUUACAUAACGCGGUUUAAUAAUGUUCAUACAUACAGAGGUAUGAUAAGGAAUCGUUCUCAUCGGCAAUUAGGGUCUAAAAUUGUUAGGACCUACAUUGAGUCUACUGUCUGUCUGAAUCUUGGUUUGAAGCCCCGUGAGAUCAUGAGCAAUUUCAAGUCCACUUAUGGUUAUGAAAUUAGUUAUAAGGUUGCUUCAAGAGCAAAAAAAAGGUGUGUGGAAAAGAUGUAUGGCUCGGAAUGUGAUUCGUUUUCUAUGUUAAGCUGGUUUAGGGAAGCUGUGUUGGAAACUAAUCCGGGUUCUUCAGUUGUUCUUGAAGUUGAUGAGAGUACCGAGAGGUUUAAAAGGGUUUUUGUAGCUUAUGCCGGCCAAAUUAAGGGUUUCAAGUUCAGCCUACUUGUUUUAUAUGUUGAUGGUGCCUUUGGAAAGAGCAAAUACAAGGGGCAGAUUCUUGCUGCAACUGGAAGAAAUGGAAACAAAGGUUUCUUCCCUUUAGCCUUGUGUUUUUGUGAUUCAAAGACUGAAGAAAACUGGUUGUUUUUCUUCAAGAACUUGAAGGCUUUGUUGGAACCGCAAGGAAGGAUUAUCACAUUCAUUAGUGAUGGUGGUGUUGGUUUGUUGAAGGCAUUUGAUCUCAUUUUUCCUGGUAAUCCUCAUCUUUACUGUUAUCAUCAUUUGCGAUACAACCUUAGUCGAAAGUAUAAGAACAAAGGAGGGAAAAUUGUUGUUGCUGAUGUGUUACAAAAAUUCUUUAAAGUGGCUUAUGCAUUGACUGAGAAGUCUUUCUACUUUCAUUUAAAAAAUUUGAGAGAUGAGGGUGGUGCUGCUACUCUUGAUGAAUUCAUAAGGGAGAUUCCAUUGGAACAUUGGUGCCGUGCUUUUUUUUAA